AUGCCAUCCACCGACUCGCCUCCCGCUUCCCAUCGAAACUCGAGGACUACAAGCCCGUACUUAGACACCCAUUCAGACUCAUACAAGGUAGAACUCUUCCGGGCCGCCAACGUCGCGGAGAAACAAUCCGUCCUGAUCAUCCUCCCAGUCGCGUACUACUACUGCACCUUAAUGCCCACCGAGGAGCUCUUCGAGGGCGUGAGGGCGUACAACGGCGAGAUCGUCAAGCUGACGCCCUCCGCGCUGCGCACGACCGAAUGUUCCGAGACGAAUUGGCGGUCGAUAAACGGAAGGAGAUGA